AAACCCUACAAAACAAAAAAUAAUACUCUAGAAACUUGGGCAGGGUUUUUACUUUUUAGGUUGAAAGGCAUGUUCAUGUUGGCAGCAACAAAACCAUUACUAAGCAAUUUCCAUUAUUUCCACAGGCAGUGUCACUUCACUCUUCCGCUUCUUCUAAUGUCAAAUCCAGGAACUCCAACUAGGGUUUCUGCAUCCUUCUACUCUUCUUCCUCUCCCGUUCACGCGCCCCUCAAGCGCGUCGGCACCCACAAUGGAUCCUUUCACUGUGAUGAAGCCCUUGGCUGCUUCAUGAUUCGCCUCACCAACAAGUUCUUCAACGCUGAAAUCGUUCGCACUAGAGACCCCCAGGUGUUGGAGGGUCUUGAUGCUGUUCUUGAUGUUGGGGGAGUGUAUGACCCCUCCCGAGAUCGGUAUGAUCAUCACCAGAAAGGAUUUGUGGAGGUUUUUGGGCAUGGUUUCUCCACUAAAUUGAGUAGUGCUGGUCUUGUCUAUAAGCAUUUUGGAAAGGAGAUCAUAGCUAAUCAACUUAAGGUAGAUGAAGAGCACCAAGAUGUGCAUUUCAUAUAUUUGGCUGUUUAUAGGAGCUUCAUGGAGGCAAUUGAUGCUGUCGACAAUGGGAUCAAUCAGUUUGACACAGACCAGCCUCCAAAAUAUGUGAAUAAUACUCAUUUAUCCUCAAGAGUAGGAAGGUUAAAUUUGGAUUGGACAGAUCCUGAUCAGUCACCUGAAAAGGAAAAUGAGGCCUUUCAACGUGCCAUGGCUCUUGCUGGCUCUGAGUUUCUGGAUAGUGUGCGAUUUCAUGUAAACUCAUGGUUACCAGCAAGGUCAAUUGUAAUGGAGACUAUUGCAGCUAGACAAUCUAUUGAUCCUAGUGGAGAAAUUAUAGUUUUGAAUAAAUUCUGCCCUUGGAAACUUCACUUAUUUGAGCUCGAGGGGGAGUUGAAAAUUGAUCCUCCAAUCAAAUAUGUCCUGUAUGAGGACGAGAGAAGCAAACAGUGGCGAGUGCAGGCAGUUGGAGUAUCUCCUGAUAGGUUCGAGAGCCGAAAGGCUCUACCGUCACAGUGGCGAGGUUUAAGGGAUGAUGAUUUGUCAAAGGAGUCUGGCAUUCCUGGCUGUGUAUUUGUGCACAUGAGUGGAUUUAUUGGCGGAAACCAAAGUUUUGAUGGAGCCUUGGCCAUGGCAAGAGCUGCUUUGAAGAUGUAGGCUAAGGAUCAUGAUGGGUCAAAUAUAAUUUUGCAUCUUUUACAGUACAAUUUGCUGAUUACAUUGAUUCACAGAUGGGGACUGGGAACUGUGGCUUAAAUAUAGUUAUGUAUUAACUUUGCUGAUGUGGGUCUGUUUUAUUUGUUUCUUUAAUAGUUUUAGCAUGGUAUAAUGCUUUCUGGGUCCUCUUGAUCAUUGUCAUUGAUUUUGUUAUCAGGAUGUUGGCCUAUAACACCAAUUUCUUUGUCUAUUUUGUACACUUAGAGGGGGAUAGAACUUCAGAGUAUGAUAGUCAUUCCUUUAAGCA